UUGGCUUAGUUCCGCUCUGCUUUGCCUGUCAGUUUACUUGGUGUCAGAGACUUUCUUGGAGCUUGUGGCCAGACCGGGUUUUCUGGCUUAGAUUGCGCCGUGGGGCGGGGAGGAACGGGGUGUGUGGGUUGGGGGGAGAUGGGGAGGUGAGGUGUCCCAAAGCGCACAACCGGCGCCAUGAAGAAGUUCUUUGCCUUCGGGAGAGAGAAGGGCAAGGGCGAGUCGCCCUUCUUCGGCAGCAUGUGGAAGGCGGUGGUGGGCGCCAGGGAUGAGAUUCCUGAGAAGGCCUACACGAAGACCUGGUACGACAUCUAUCCCAAAGAUCUCGAGAAGUUCCACCUGGCUGCCUGCCUGGGUCAUGUAGCGAAACUGCAGGACAUUCUUUCGUUUCGCCCAAUGUGCCUGAACGACAGAGAUUGGAAGAGCAGGACCGCUCUACAUUUGGCCUGUGCCACUGGUCAGGCAGAAGUGGUAAGAUUCCUGGUAAACAGCAAGUGCCGACUUAACUUGUUUGACAGCAAAAAGAGGACAGCUCUGAUGAAGGCCGUCCAAUGCCAAGAGGAGGAAUGUGUGACUGUUCUGCUGGAAGGUGGUGCCAAGCCAAACAUUCAAGAUGUCUAUGGCAACACUGCUCUUCACUAUGCUGUUUAUCAGCAGGAUGUAUCAAUAGCAGAAAAACUGCUCUCAAACGGUGCAUUUAUUGAUCCCCAAAAUAAGAGUCACAUCACACCACUUUUACUUGCUGUAAGUGAAAAAAGAGAGGAAAUGGUGGACUUUUUAGUAAAGGCUGGAGCAAAUAUAAAUGCAGUUGAUAAGUUGAAAAGAAAUGCUCUCAUGCUUGCGACAGAUUCUCAAUCACCACAUAUAAUCAAUCUUCUUCAGCAAAGUCUUAAUGUGUGUUCUGAUCAAGUCAUAGGACAGACUGUAGAAGAUGACACUGUUACUAGUGGUUUUAAUAGCAUUUCCCAACAAAUUUCACAACAUGAAGAAGAAAAGAUUCUGGAAAAUCCUUCUCAAAUUAGCAAUCCAGUAAUGGAUGAGAUUGCUGAAGACCCCAUGUUCAGGAUUUCCAUCAAGCCAGGUAUUGAUGAUUUUUGGCCUGAUUCAUUUGCUGGACACUUUGAUGUUGAUACCAAGAAUGUUCUACAAACAGGGUUGACAAAGCCACUCACUGCUUCUCAGCACACCAUGAAAAUUGUAGAGGUGAAAUGUACUAUGAGAACAAAAAAAAGAACCAUGAUUGAGGACAGUAUUUCUAAUCAUCCACAUGUGGUUCAAAGCCUUCCCACAACAUCAGUCAAAAUGCAGGGCUUUCAUCAUCCUUCCAUUCAACCACCUGGCCCUGGUGUAAAAGCUUCCUUCAAGGCUUCAGCUAAGCCAGGUCUCACAGAGAAGGAGAGAGCAAAGCCAGCUACUGCAAAAAAGGAAAAUGGUAUUGGUGUUAUUGAAAAUGUUCCACCAGAGCAAAAAAAUAAUGUCAAUUUUAUUGUAAUGCACAAAAAUAGGAGAAGUGAUAAGAGGUGCACGUUAGGAUCUGGAUCAAAGAAAGAUGAAGAAUCAUCUUGGGAUUCGGAUGAUGAGAAUGUUCCACAACCAGGGUUGACAAAGCCAAUGACUGCAUCUCAGGAAACCAUGAAAAUUGGGACAAAAUGUACUAUGAGAACAAAAAAAGGAACCAUGAUUGAGGACAGUAUUUCUAAUCUUCCACAUGUGGUUCAACGCUUUCCCACAACAUCAGUCAAAAUGCAGGGCUUUCAUCAUCCUUCCAUUCAACCACCUGGCCCUGGUGUAAAAGCUUCCUUCAAGUCUUCAACUAAGCCAGGUCUCACAGAGGAUGAGAGAGCAACGCCAUCUACUGCAAAACAGGAAAAUGGUAUUGGUGUUAUUGAAAAUGCUCAUAAUGUCAAUUUUACUGUAAUGCAUGAAUAUAUCCAAAGUGAUAAGAGGUGCACGUUAGGAUCUGGACCAAAGGAAGAUGAAGAAUCAUCUUGGGAUUCAGAUGAUGAGAAUGUUCCACAACCAGGGUUGACAAAGCCACUCACUGUUUCUCAGCAACCCAUGAAAAUUGUAGAGGCGCAAUGUACUAUGAGAACAGUAAAUAGAACUAUGAUUGAGGACAGUAUUUCUAAUCAUCUACAUGUGGUUCAACGCUUUCCCACCACAUCAGUCAAAAUGCAGGGCUUUCAUCAUCCUUCCAUUCAACCACCUGGCCCUGGUGUAAAAGCUUCCUUCAAGUCUUCAACUAAGCCAGGUCUUACAGAGGAGGAGAGAGCAAAGCCAGCUACUGCAAAACAGGAAAAUGGUAUUGGUGUUAUUGAACAUGCUCCACGAGAGCAAAAAAAUAAUGUCAGUUUUAAUGUAAUGCACGAAAAUAGCAGAAGUGAUAAGAGAUGCACGUUAGGAUCUGGACCAAAGGAAGAUGAAGAAUCACCUUGGGAUUCAGAUGAUGAGAAUGUUCCACAAUCAGGGUUGACAAAGCCAAUGAUUGCUUCUCAGCAACCCCUAAAAAUUGUAAAGGCACAAUGUACUAUGAGAACAGAAAAUGGAACCAUGAUUGAGGACAGUAUUUCUAAUCAUCCACAUGUGGUUCAACGCCUUCGCACAACAUCAGUCAAAAUGCAGGGCUUUCAUCAUCCUUCCUUUCAACCACCUGGCACUGGUGAGAAAACUUCCUUCAAGGCUUCAACUAAGCCAGGUCUCACAGAGGAGGAGAGAGCAAAGCCAGCUACUGCAAAACAGGAAAAUGUUAUUGGUGUUAUUGAAAAUGCUCCACGAGAGCAAAAAAAUAAUGUCAAUUUCACUGUAAUGCAUGAAUAUAUCCAAAGUGAUAAGAGGUGCACGUUAGGAUCUGGACCAAAGGAAGAUGAAGAAUCACCUUGGGAUUCAGAUGAUGAGGAGGGAACAGCAAAUCCAUCAACUACAAAAAAGGAAAAUGGUAUUGGUAUUAUUGAAAAUGCUCUUCAAGUGCAAAACACUAGUGGCAGUUUUACUGCUGUGUGUCAUCAUAACAGAAGUGAUAUGAUGUCUGCAUUAGUAUCUGGAGAAAACGAAGUUGUAGAAGUACCUUUGGAUUCGUCUUGUGAGAGUAUUUCCAAGAAUCCUCUACAGAAGCAUGUUGUUCCUUCAUCUGGGACUGUAGAUAAAAAAGGAAGAAAUACAGUAAAUGGACAAAUAGAAGGUUCAUAUCAUAAAAAUUUGAGUUCUUCACCACAUAGUGACAGAGCAUCAAAAGUAUAUCUAAAAGAAGAAUUACAGCAAGAUAUGCAAAAGUUUAAGAAUGAGGUAGACAUGUUACAAGUAGAAUUCCUGGCUGUGGAGAAAGAAAAAGUUCUGCUUGAAAAAGAGGUUGAAGAAGGAAGGAAGGAGCACAAAAGUAAUGAAAUGGAAGUAUCAGAAAACCUAUACACUGGUGCUGCUAACAUCAGUGACAAUGAAGGAUCGUUUGAACAGAGAAAGAGGGGCAGAACUGGUCCUCAGCACUUCCUUAGGAAGGAGGACAAGGAGUGUGAUAGUAGUGGUUCUGCAUUGCAUAUAAAGGAAGUAAAGAAGAAUGGAAAUGAAAAACGGAUCUCAAACAAAUCUGCAAUGACAGCGAUGUUUGAGAAGCCCAAAUUACUAACUGGUGGUCUGCUUCCAGCAAAUGAUGACAGCAGUUUAUGUGAAAUAGAACAGGAUGAAGGAAGGCCACCAAUGAAAACAUCUAACAAAAAGAACAAGGUCAAACACAAAAUACAUUCUGUGGAUGAUAUUGAUGACUUAACUGGAUCAUCUGCAAUAGCCCCAGAGGAUGGUGAGUUGCCUUACUCUGAUUAUAAGCAGUUUAUGCUGCUCAUCAAACAACUUGGAAAGGAUUGUAAAGAUUCUGUUAGCCUGAUGAAAAUACGGCAUGCAUUUCUUUCACGAGAAAGAAUAAUAGAAGUUAAUAAAAAUUACUGUGAACGACUUAGACUAAAACUGGAAAAAACGGGAAAUAAGGUUGGCAUACUACAAAAGGAGCUAUCAAAAACAGAAGAAAUAAAAUCACAUUUAGAGCAUCAAGAAGUUAUAUGGGAACAUGAACUCUGUAGUGCAAGAUUUACCUUAAAAGAAGAAGAAGAAAAGAGAAGAAAUAUUGAUAUGUUAUAUAAACAAAUGAGAAAAAAGUUAAGAAGAAAAGAAGAGGAAUAUAGGAGAGAAGAUGAAGUGAAACAACAACUUGAACCGACUCUGAAAAAGCAAAAUGAGGAAUUGCAGACAUUAAGAGCUUAUUUGUCUCAGAUUUCUCACAGCCAAGAAAGAGAAAAAGAUCUACUCCAUAAAAAUCGCAUGUUGCAGGAACAAAUUGCCAUGCUGAGAAUGGAGAGAGACAAAAUUAAAAAUCAGAAUGAGGAAAAUGAAAAGAAAUAUCUGAAGGACAUGGUAAUUAAAAAAGAAAAGGAUGAUGACGUUCAAAUUAAUAUAAUACUGAAUUCUGAAACGUUAACUAAAACUGGAUCUCACUAUGGUGAACAGCUUCGUGUUCUCACUGCCGAGAAUGCAAUGCUAAAGUGUAAACUGGAGAGAGAAACACAAAUCAAGGAAAGACUGAAAGAAGAAAUUGAAUUUUACCAUUCUAGACUGACUGCCACCACACGUGAUCUUGAUGAAAGUGAGACAUUGAGAGAACACCUAGAACUUGCUUUCCACACAGCAAGAGACGAGUGGUUUCACUUACAAGAUAAAAUGAAUUUUUACGUGUCAAAUCUAAAAGAAAGCAAUGAGAUUCUUUCUAAAAAAUUUUCUAAAACAGAAAGUAAGAUCAAUAGCCUGGAAAUGGAACUCCAUCACACAAGGGAGCUUCUCCGAGAAAAGACAUUUUUAAAAGGUGUACAAAGAGAUCUAAGGCAAACACAGUGCCAAACGAAGGAAAUCGAACAAACGUAUCACGGUGACCAAGGCAAAGUGAAUCCAUACAUUGGCAAGAAGGUAUCUCUAGAGCAGAGAUUAUGUGAACUACAAAAAGAAAAUAUGUUGCUUCGACAGCAACUACAUGCUGUUCACAAGAAAGCUGCCCAGAAAGACGAGAUAGGAACUCAUAUCCAGGACCAAUGUCAGGAUAUUAUGAAACAAAGUCAAGCUGGGAGUGGCAAGCAAAGUCUGCUUCUAGAAGGAAAACUUCAGGAGCUCGUCAAUGAAUGUGAUCAUUUAAAAGAAAGAAUGUGUCAUUUGGAAAAAGAGUCUGCAGAAAGAAAAGUACUUGUGAGACAUCUACAUGAUCUGACUACAACCUUGAAAAAACAACCAAGGUCAGAGACCUUUGCAGAGGUUUCGCCACGUCACAUUAAUUUAGAAGAUGGGACUCCGGGUUCAAUGAAGAUACUACGUCAAAUCAGAAGUCAAACUAAUCAACUAAAACAAGCACUGGAAUUUCCAUGUUCAAAAUGUGGACAUCUAUAUACAAAGAAUAGAGUUGUUCAACCGGAAUCAUUAUCUAAUGCAAAAAAAAUGUGAGAAACUACAGGAGAAUAAAAUGAAGUUGAACCAAGCAAUAAUAGACCUCAGAAAUUACAUGGAAAGGAAUAUGGUAGACUGUGGUCAAGUUGCCCAG